AUGAACCUACUGGUUUGUAGGGAACAAGAAGAAGAAGUUCUUGAGAGACAUAGGCGCUAUUUCUGGGAUGAGCCAUACCUGUACAAGCACUGCACCGAUGGAGUCUACAGGAGAUGUGUAGCUGAUGAGGAGAUACCUGGGAUCUUGUUCCACUGUCAUAGCUCGUCUUAUGCUGGACACUUCGCCACGUACAAGACUGUAUCCAAGCGCUACAAGCUGGCUACUGGUGGCCCACCAUGUUCCGAGAUGCACACAGAUUCGUGUCUAAGUGUGAUGUAUGCCAGAGACAGGGGAACAUCAGUAAGAGAAACGAGAUGCCACAGAACUUCAUUCUGGAAGAACAGAGGCGGCGACGGAUACUCACGCAGGCGAGAGGAGAUCGCGAGAGGGAAGAGACCCGUCGUCGAGCCCGAUGACGACUUCGUGGAGGACUCGACCAUGCAGGGCGCACCUUUUCCUGAGACCCGCGAGACGACGAGCCCGAGGACACUGUCAGAGAUCGAGAUGCUGCGUCUCCGCACCCUCCUCGACAUGAAGUUUGCCGGGACGCGGUAUGCAGACAGAGACACUGCAGACGCUCCGCAUCGCCGAGGACGUCGACGAGAUGUUCACCAACCUAGGGAUCGCUCGACUCAUGUACCAGCAGCACGAGGUCUUACCGGAAGGCGACUUGCCUUUUCCUUGCCACAUUCACAACGAUCCUUGCGACGACGGCAAGUACACAUGACGGCAGCGACGGCUACAUCACAUUCUGGGCCACUGGACGGAGGCACCACCUCUCAUACAGAGAUCGACCGAGCUCUCUCUACCGCCGGGCAACCGUCUCAGCCUCGACGUCGACCGCGACGAGAUGUCCGCUCUCUGGGGGACGAUCGCGUUUGGGGAGUACUUCUCCUCAAGUGCGAAGUCCUCUCACAUCAGGAGCCCGCCGAUCCGCUACUUCCACAAGGCGAUCGCCAACACGCUCUUCUCCCGACAGGCCACCGGGAACGUCACAGAGACGGAGAUGGCCAUGAUCGACGUGGCACUCACAGGCAUCCCGUUGAGACUGAUCAACGGGACCCAGCUCAGAGGCAGCAGAUCACACGGAGGCAUCACGCUCGCGCUUGUAGCCAGCUCCGCUCUUACCAGGAUUGGGCGUCGAGGAACAGAGCAUCCGGCACAAGUGCACACUGCGGAUGGGCGGCUUGGUCACACCUCUUCUACGCGCCGUCGGCUUCACACCUGACAGAGAGGAGGAGGUCGCACCACCCGAGGCUCGACAUCGAGUACCUGAGGAACAGCGUCUUCUUGCAGAAGACGUCAGACGCCAGCCGACUCCUGUACCAGUUCACUCACGUUCAGCUCGGCGCUUCCCGCAUGUUGCUUCCCAGCCCCAGCUGGACGACGAUCAGAGGAGGGUCCAACGUCGAGUUCAACCCACCUCAGUCAGCUCUCUACACCGGAGAUCGACCGACCGCCAGAGACUACGCCACACCUCAGGCGACCACACACCGCGGCGAUCCACCACACGAGCUCGACACACGCAGACGGACGAGCUCGACCACUUCACUUCGCCAGCUACGCCACCACCGCCAGACAGACGCCGGACUGAAGGCGGCUCACCAGCACAUCGCAUUCUUCAGCGGUGGAACAAGGCGCAAGACAAGAUCACCAGCAAGCUCAAGAGCAAGGUGA